GGGAGCGUUGUGGAUUUUCUCCAGUUGCCGGUUACUCAUCCCAGCUGAAAUCGAAUAUGAAAUCUCCACCCUUCCUUUUUUAGAUGCCCACCGCAAAAUUCUCGCACCCGUUUGAUGAGUUCCUCUUUUAGAGUUCCGCCGUGUGUCUCCUCCAGUCCCGUCCGACAUGGCAUUCAACUCCUUCUGAAAUCCGGAUUUCAAGUCCGCACUAUAAAUUACACUCCCUCAAGAACCCACCGACGGCACCCCCGACACUGAAGUUUGGAGUGUCAAAACUUCAAAACGUUAAAAAGGAAACUCUUUUGAGGAAAGGAAACUCUUUUGAGGAAAGGAAACAAGACUAGUGGUUCAGUGUAUGCCUUGCAGAGCUCUGUAAUCUCCGAAUUUAGCUCUUAAAAUCGCUGCAGCUAAAUUUUUGUUACUGAGGAAAGGAUUUUUCUUUGGUGCAUUGCUUCAACUGUCAUAAGUUAUGGGAGAGGAAGAUACUGUGUCUGAGUUGCCAGAUGCUGCUGCAAAUGGGAAUGCACCCCUUGAGGGAAACACUGAGGCUGCUGAGGAGAAAAAAGAGGAGGAAAACAAUGGUGUAAAGGACAUGGAAGAGGAUAGCAAGGAAGGUGAUAAGGCAGAGGCUGAGAAAAUGGAUGUGGACACAAAAGAAGUGAAGGAAAGCAAUGAACCUAAAGAAGAUAAAAUAGAAAAAGAAGAAGCAGAAGAGGAAGAAAAGGGAGAUGAGGGAAACAAAAUGGAGGAAGAAAAGUUGGAGGCCAAGGAUGAGCAAAUGGAGGAAGACCAAGUGGGGGAAGAAGCAAGCAAGGAAAAUGAAGAUAAUGUUGAAGAAGAGACAGAUGGUUCGAAGGAGGUAGAAGAAAAGGAGCCUGAACAGCCUAAAGUGGAGAAAAAGGGGAAAAAGGGUGCUAAAUCAAAAAGUGGUUCUGGAGCGAAGGACAAAGAAAAAAAGAAAGAAGGGGAAGGGAAGAAGGAGAAGGAACCCAAAACUCCUGCAGCACCUACAAUCGAUCGUCCUGUCCGUGAACGAAAAUCUGUGGAAAGGCUGGUAGCAUCUAUCGAGAAAGAUUCUGUCAAGGAAUUCCAGAUAGAGAAGGGCCGUGGAACUGCACUGAAGGACAUUCCAAAUGUGGCGUUCAAGUUAUCCAGAAAGAAGAGUGAUGACACCUUCAAAUUGCUUCACACAAUACUUUUUGGAAGGAGAGGAAAGGCUGCUCAGAUUAAGAGUAACAUAUUGAGGUUUUCUGGCUUUGUGUGGCAUGAAAAUGAGGACAAGCAAAAGAUGAAGGUGAAAGAAAAACUUGACAAGUGUGUAAAAGAGAAGUUAUUGGAAUUUUGCGAUGUACUUGAUAUACCUGCUACCAAGGCUACAUCAAGGAAGGAAGAUGUAAUUGUAAAGUUGAUGGACUUUUUGGAGGCUCCACACGCAACAACUUCCGAGUUGCUUGCUGAGAAAGAACAGGCAAGUAAGGGCAAACGUAAGAGGGUUAGCAAUAAAAGUGGAUCAUCAGCAUCUGGAAAUGCGAAAGGCUCAGCUAAGAGACAAAGGGCUUCAUCUGCAUCUAAAAAGGGUGAGAAGAAGAAUACACAUGAAUCUGAAGAUGGGUCAGAGGAAGAAUCAGAAGAAGAACGCGAGGAAACAAAAGCGAACGGUGGUCCUGACAAAUCAGAAGAUGAGAUUUCAGAGCACGCUGAAAGCGACGAGAACAAUGAAUCUGAAGACGAGUUCGAGGAAGAAAAGAAAAAAGAAAAACGAAGCUCAAAGAAGUCAACAUCAAAGAAGGAACCUAAAGAUGAAUCUGAGGAGGAAAAGCCUAAACAAAAAGAGACUUCUAAGAAAACAUCGUCAAAGAAGGAAUCUGCAGGAAAAUCUAAGAAGAAUGUUGCAACUCCUAAAAAGACUCCUAGCAAAACAUCAAGUCAAUCUAAGGUUAGUGAUGGCAAUGAUGAAAGUUCAAAAGUGUCCUCAAGGAAGAAAAAUACUGAAGUAAAAAAAGUUAAGUCCUCAACUCCAAAGAAAUCUGCUUCCAAGGAAAGCACAGGGAAAAAAACUGGGAAAGGUAAAGAGCAACCCAAAGAGGAAAAAUUAAAACCAAGUGAUGAUGAGCUGAAAGAAGCAAUAUGUGAAAUCCUUAAAGAAGUUGAUUUCAACACGGCCACAUUCACCGACAUUGUAAAGCAAUUGUCUAAGCAAUUCAAUACGGAGCUUGCUGCAAGAAAAGCAUCUAUAAAGUCUAUGAUCCAGGAUGAGAUUACGAGACUAGCAGAAGCAGACUCGGGAGAUGAAGGCGACGCUGUAAAAGAUGAUAGACAGCCUUCAAGCCAAGGUGUAGAUACUACUUGAACAGAGUGGAUAUGUGUCUCGACACCCACCAUUUCUCAUUUAGCUGUGCAAUGUUGUCCAUUCCUAAAUUAAGCCAACUAUAAUUUCCUAAUUGCUAUUCCAUUCACCUGUAAAAGACUAGGAGAGUUGAGAGGUAGUAGUGCUUAAGCUGUGCUGCAAGGAUUAAAGCUGCUUUCUCUGUAACAAAAAUUUGUAGGAUUUAAUUUGAUUCACUGGCAGUGAGGAAGAUUUCAAUAGCUGUGUUUUUCUUUGCUUUUCUUCCUUGGCAACUCUUGCUGCUGUAUUUUGUGCUGCAACAUAUUCUGAUAUCCUGUGGCAAAGAUACUGGAGAUAAUAUUGUGUAUUCCAGAUUUUCUGCA